AUGGAGAAUCACACCCAAACGAUCGGCUUACUCAUAAAGGUAGUAAUAGACUUGCGUGACGGAAAACGCAAGGCCUCCGAAGCCGAUACGGAACUGCACUUACUCGAAGCGAAUAGGAAGAGGCUCUUAACACAGAAAGACUGGGUCGGCAUCGACCCAUCGAAGCCGGUCAGUCUGCGGUUCCGCUCGAGCAGAGAGAAGAGCAAGAUCGGCAAGCGCAGAAGAACGACAAGAGGACGCGGUGCAGCCCCAAGACGAAAGAACAAGGAUGAAUUCGGGAAUGAAGUCCAUGACUUUGCAGACGAUUCCUUUGCCCAAGUCCAUGGAGAUAGUGGUCCACGCCAGCGUCUAGAUGAUGUUCGAAUUCGGAUUGGCACAGAUGCAAUGACAAACACUUACUCUACACAAUUGGACCAAUAUGCGCAGUCGCAUGCUUCGUCUGAAUCCAUGCUUUUCGACCAGGAAGGACCGCUUGCACAGCUACGCUCAGCGAAGCCACCUGCCGACCUUGAGCUUCUUGCAGCAACUAGUGCUUUCGAGCAAGCUGAUGUUGCUUCCCGUGCGCCAUCGACCGGUGAACAACCUCAGCACUAUGGCCUUGCUCGGCGCAGUGUAGCUAGUCGUUCUCCAGACGCUUCUGAGCAAAAGAGCUUUACGGGUGACCAGUUUGAGCUGCAGUGUCAACCUGCGACGAUGACUUUUCGUGAGAACGAGAGCUCUACGCAUGACUUCCGACUCACACACCAUGCUUACGGGGAAGAGCGCGCAUUUCGUCUCGCCUUCAGCGGCUCCAACUCUACUGCAGGUGCCCGUGGUCGCACUGCGUCGGAUGGCAACCAGAUCGGUGAGACAAAGCCUUUUGACGAUCCAGACUCGGGAACGAUCAGUCGGUGUUGA